CUCAGCACACUUUUCCUCCAUCUAACAGUCCUGCACACACCAUGAUUACGGGAAAGCGUAAAUAAAUACGGAAAGGGUUGAUUAUUUUGACUACUGGAAGAGCCUUGCUGGGUCUCAGCGCAACUUUUGUUUUUAUGACUGAGAAGGUGAUCUCUCCAUGUGUUUCUCUCACACAAGGAUUCUUUAAAAGAGGAAGAGAGACAGAGAGGGGGGAGAACAACCUUUCACUUUAAGACCGGCUGGGCUCAAAGAUAAAAGGAAGGGGAAAGCGGCGCUAGGAAUCCACCGCUGCAGCACUUCGGAAAGACGUUUCUGAUACAUUUCUGAGCGCGGCGGCCCGUUUCUCCACCGAAGUUGGCUCCAGCUCUAGCAGCCGCAUUGGAUCCCACAGCUUAUUGCGAGACUCCGGUGUACAAUCCGGAUCUCUGCCCCAACAUGAUCGCGGCCCAGGCCAAGCUGGUCUACCAUCUGAAUAAAUACUACAACGAAAAAUGCCAAGCCAGGAAAGCUGCCAUUGCCAAAACUAUCCGGGAAGUCUGCAAAGUAGUUUCCGACGUCCUGAAGGAGGUGGAAGUGCAGGAGCCCCGGUUCAUCAGCUCUCUCAACGAGAUGGACAAUCGCUACGAGGGCCUCGAGGUCAUCUCCCCCACCGAAUUUGAAGUGGUGCUUUACCUUAACCAAAUGGGGGUGUUCAACUUUGUGGACGACGGCUCGCUGCCCGGCUGCGCGGUGUUGAAGUUGAGCGACGGGCGCAAGAGAAGCAUGUCCCUCUGGGUGGAAUUCAUUACCGCCUCCGGCUACCUCUCGGCGCGCAAAAUCCGGUCCAGGUUUCAGACGCUGGUGGCUCAAGCGGUAGACAAAUGUAGCUACAGGGAUGUGGUAAAGAUGGUGGCAGACACCAGCGAAGUGAAACUGAGAAUCCGAGAUAGGUACGUGGUGCAGAUCACCCCGGCUUUUAAAUGCACCGGGAUCUGGCCCCGGAGUGCUGCCCACUGGCCACUUCCCCACAUCCCCUGGCCGGGACCCAACCGGGUGGCGGAGGUCAAGGCGGAAGGGUUCAAUCUCCUGUCCAAGGAGUGCCACUCCCUGGCCGGCAAGCAGAGCUCGGCCGAGAGCGACGCCUGGGUGCUGCAGUUCGCGGAGGCAGAGAACAGACUGCAGAUGGGGGGCUGCAGGAAGAAAUGCCUCUCCAUCCUCAAAACCUUACGGGACCGUCACCUUGAACUGCCAGGCCAGCCCCUGAACAAUUACCACAUGAAGACUCUGGUUUCCUAUGAGUGUGAAAAGCAUCCCCGGGAGUCGGACUGGGACGAGUCUUGCCUGGGUGACCGGCUUAACGGGAUUUUGCUGCAACUUAUCUCCUGCCUGCAGUGCCGGCGGUGUCCUCACUACUUCCUACCGAACUUAGAUCUGUUUCAAGGCAAACCUCACUCGGCUCUCGAGAACGCUGCCAAACAAACGUGGCGACUGGCAAGAGAGAUCCUGACCAACCCGAAAAGUUUGGAAAAACUUUAGAGGACAAUUGAAUCGAGAGCCGAAAUGUGAUUAUACUAUUCUUAAAGUUCUCAUUAAGUGUAAACUUCCUGUUCGAUUCCUAUCUAAUAUUCCACUGGACAGUGCAAACAAUCUCUUCCUUAAAAAGGAGUACUAACACAACGUUUAGGCAUCAUCUCACCCACCCCUCCAAGGGGAGAAAAAGAAGUAGGGAAAGCGGAUGGAGAACACCCCAAACUCACAAGUAUUAGAAGAAUUCUUUACAAAGGAUUUCGUAUCUCCCUUGAAAAGGACACAGUAACACCCGGAAAACAGCCUGGCUGUAAUGCAAGACCACAGUGAACACUGCUUAACCAUCAAAGGAUUAUAGCAAUCCUGGCGAUUUAGGUGCAUCUGGCUGUGAGUAAACACGAUUUGGAUAUGCCAUCUGAAGGCAAGUGUAAUGUAUAUUUUAAUUUGUAACAAAUAUUGUGAUCUCACGUUGUCUUUGAAAGUGUGGAUGUUGGUGUUUUGUGAUUUGGUGAACAGAAGUUAAAUGGCCAUUUUGGAUACUUCCAGACAUUUUCCACUAACAAAGAUAUAAUUUAAAGGUAGAUUUCCUCCUGGUACUUUUAUCUGUCUUUGAAAGUGUCUGAACUUUAAAAAGUUUACAUUUUGUUUCAAAUAUAUUGCUUGUUCUAUUUCUAACAUUCCAUAAAUAUACUUGAAAUGUUAUUUAAAUAUAUUCAAAGAAAUUUGAAUUCAGCUUAUAUAAUAACGCUUGAAUAUCUGAAUUAUAUAUUUGAAAAAUGCACUUGAAAU